AUGGCCAAAUGUCAUUAUUGUGGAAAUCUGAUUAAAUGCAAGGAUGGGACAAGUGCUAUGACUAUGCAUCUGAAAAGAUGUAAGGAGUGUCCUGAUAAUCAAGAACGCAAAAGGCAAAAAACAUCUUCCUCAACAAAGCCAACCAAAGAGGAAUUAGGUGUUGCCUCUUCACCUCAUUCAAUUUUUGACCAAGAGCCACUGUUUGAUAUUCCAUCAUGCUCUACAUUAAGGCAUGCUAUUUGGUCACUUUAUGAUGUAGAGAGAGAAAGAAUUAAAAUUUUCAUCUCAAAAUAUUGUGAGAUGGUUUGUCUUACGACGGACACAUGGAUUUCUAUCCAAAUUCUAAGCUACAUGAGUCUAACUGCACAUUUCAUUGAUAAAAAAUGGAAUUUGCAUAAGAGAAUCUUGAAUUUUUGUCAAAUCACAAGCCAUACAAGAGAGUUCAUGGUUAAGGAAGUCGAGACAUGUUUAAAUGCUUGGGAGUUGAAUCGUGUCUUUAGCAUAACAGUAGAUAAUGCAUCGUCCAACGACGUCGGAAUUAAAUUUAUGAAGAAGUGGAUGAAUGCAAAGAACUGUUUGAUCUUGAAUGGAGAAUAUAUCCAUAUGUGGUGUUGUGCAAAUAUCUUGAGUUUGAUUGUAAAUGAAAGUUUAAAAGAUGAGGACAUUUCUAUCACAAGAAUCUGGAAAGCAGUCAAGUAUGUGAGAUUGUCUCCUUCAAGAUUGGCAAGGUUUAAGGGAAGCGUUGAAAGGGAGAAAAUUUCUUAUAAAGGUCUCAUAUGUCUAGAUGUGGAAACCAUAUGGAAUUCUACAUAUUUGAUGUUAAUAAUGGCUGUGAAGUAUAACAAAACCUUUAAUUUGUUAGAAAUUUCCUAUGCUAAGGAUUGGGACUUUGCUAAUAUGGUGCUUCCCUUUUUGAGGAUUUUCUAUGAUGCUACUAUGCAUAUUUCCGGCUCUUCAUAUGUUAAUAGUAACAUAUAUAUGAAGGAGGUAUUUGCUAUUGGAAGGAAGAAUCGAUUAUUAAGCGAGCACAAUGAUGCAAGCAUAAAGUCGAUGGGUAUUAGUAUGAAGAGUAAAUAUUACAAGUAUUGGGGCAACGUUGAUGGAAUAAACAUGUUGUUACUGAUUGCUGUUGUAUUGGACCCAAUUUGCAAAUUUGGAUAUGUAAACUACUUUCUUAAUUAUUUUUUUGAAGUAGAUGGCGAGGCAUUGAAGACGAAAUUGUCAUCUUCCUUAAAAUCAAUUUAUCGAGAAUAUGAAGGUAGUGAGGAAGGUUCUCAAAGUAUGGGAGAAUCACAACCAGAGGAAGAUGAUAAUGAUGUAAAUGCAUCAGAGUAUGCUUUCAGCAUUAGAGGAAUGGUGUUGGAUCCUUAUCGAAAUAAUCUUACACCUACGAUUGUGGAAGGGCUUGUUUGCACUCAAGAUUGGCUGAAAGGAUCUCCUUUCUCAAAUCUAUUUGAUGAGGACCUUGAAGAACUUGAAAACCUUUGA